AUGCUGAAGGACAAACUAUCUGCGCCACUCCACCCCGACAUCCCUGGGUUUUGUGUAGCCUACUUCGAUUGUAUUGAAUAUCUUAAUAGCACCGUGAUGGCCGUGUUUGAGAGUUGCAAGACCAGCAAUAGCCUGCUUUAUGUUGAUGACAAUGAAGGCAAGCUGGCCAAACUUUCCACCACUGACCCAAUGGCCAUUCAGAAAUUCCCUCUCAAAAAAUCGCUCUAUGAUCUUCAUGACUACCUUAAGAGAAUCAACCAGGCCUUCUAA